AUGACAUAAUCAGAAUAAUUAUCUAAAUUAACAGAUGAUAUUAAUUAGGCUGCAGCAUCAAUGUAAGUAUCUGUGUACAAAUUAAUGAAUAAAACUAGAAAGAUUAGAUAAAGAUGGUGUAAACUUUGGCAUAAUUUACGUAUUACUUUAUAUAGACCAACAAAUUGUAAAUUUUAAGUAGAUGAAUAUAUUGAUCAUGAUUAUAAAUUCAAUGAAAAUCCUUAUUACAUCAAUAAAAUUGAGAAAUACAUAAAUAAAUAUUAUUCACGUCCAAUCUUAAAAAUUAAAUUUAAAAAGAAUACUGAGUUUGAGAAUGAUAUAUAAGUGCCUUUGGAGAAGAAAUAAUAAUACAAAUGCUUUUGGUUAAAGAGUUUAUACUUAAAAUAAGGUGGAGUUACAAUAGGUGAUGAUAAAAUAACAUUCUCCUAUUACUCAUAUACUCAAUAAGCAAAUCAUAUUACUUUAUUACCUCAUACAAUACCAAAUCAUAAACCAUUUAAGAAAUCAUGGAAGAGAAAUUAAAUUAGGUGGCUUUAUGAAAGAAUAUAUAUUAGAAAUAGAAAUGCAAUUGAAAUUGUGUUUAAAGAUGGAGAAUCUUUGUAUUUAAUAUUUUAGGAUGAGGGAUUAAAGGAAGAGAUAAUUGAGAAAUUGAAAAUAUAACCAAAAUAAUGUGAUUUUAAUAAAGUUAGUAAUUUCAAGUAUUUAAUGUAUUUGAAUUUUUUAUCUUGUCGAUCAUAUAUUGAUUUGACAAGAUAUCCAGUAUUUCCAUGGGUUUUAAAAGGAAAUGCAUCUGAUUUUGAUGAUAAUGAUAUUGCAUCAAUAUAAAAUGAGAUUAAUUAUAGAGAUCUAUCUUUACCAAUAGGAGCAUGUGGAAGUGAAUCAAGAUUAGAUUAAUUUAUUAAAAGAUAUGAAAAUGAAUAAUUUUAUUAUGGAACACAUUAUUCAAGUUAAGCAUUAGUAUCUUAAUAUUUAGUAAGAUUAAGUCCAUUUACAGAAGCAGCAAUAUCAAUUUAAGAUGGUAAAUUUGAUAUUCCAGAUCGAUUAUUUAGAUCAAUAAUGAAAUCAUGGAUAGAUUGUAAUAAUGAGAUGGCUGAUGUAAGAGAAUUAACACCUGAAUUUUUUUAUUUACCUGAAGCAUUUUUAAAUAUUAAUGGAUAUAAUCUAGGUAAAUUGUAAAGUAGUUAAGUAGUAAAUAAUGUACAAUUACCAUUUUAUUCUAAUAAGAAUCCAUUUUAUUAUGUAGCUUAAAAUAUGAUAGCAUUAGAAAGUGAAUAUGCUAUUAAAUUAAAUGAAUGGAUUGAUUUAAUUUGGGGAUAUAAAUAAUAAGGAAAUGCUGCCAUAGAUUCAUUUAAUGUAUUUUAUCCAUUAACAUACUCAAAUUUUGAUGAAGGAAGUAUAGAAAUCAAUGAAUUAGCAAUGGAAACUUAAAUUGCCCAUUUUGGAUAAACACCAGAAUAAAUAUUUUAUAAACCACAUCCUCAAAAAAAUAAUGAAUUUGAUAAAACUUAAUGGUAAAUAGUAAAGAAUAAAAAAUCAUAAAAUAAAUUAAUCUAUUUAAUUUGUAAUAAAAAUAAAGUUAUAAGUAUUUAAGAAGAUUUUACAUUAAUCUAAUGGUAGAUAGUUAAAAAUUAAUAAUAAUUUUAAAUUGAUAAAUAAGUUUAAUUACCUAAAGUAAAUUUUGAUGCUAUGAUUAAAUAUGUAUUACCACCAAUAUUAGUAUUAAUUGAAUAAUCAAUCAUAUUGUUUGGUGGUAAUAAUAAUGGAACACUCACAUAUUAUUGUUUAGAUAAUUUAAAGUUGUAGGGAGUGGUUGAAUUGGAAAGUGAAAUAAUCAAUAAUUAUUGUACUAUAACUGUUUUAGAAUCAAAUAAAAAAUAAAAUAUAGUAAUAUUAGGAACUAAUAAGGGUUUAGUUUAUUAUUAUAAUAAAGUACUUUAAAAUAAGUAGGAUAUAAAAUAAGAGGAAGUACUAAAAGGUAAAAAUGUUAUUUAUGAUACAACAUCUUAAAUAAAUUCAAUAACAAUUUCAGAAUAGCUAACUAUCUUUUGUGUUGGAACUCAAGAUGGAACAAUAUUCUUAUAUAAUUUGUAUAAUCGUACUCUCUAUAGAUUUAUUAAUCAUCCAAAAAGACUGCCUAUAUAUUAUCUAACAUUAAGUUAUUCACCAUUACCAUGUAUUUUAUUUAGUUCUCAUGAUGAACGAGUUGUAGCAUAUUCUAUAAAUGGAUUUUUGUUACAAUUUUUAUAAGUCAAAGGAAAUAUUGAAUACAUUUAAAUUAAGAAAUCAUCUAUAAAUACUUUAGUAUAGAAUUUAUUAUUAUAUUUUAAUAGAUUGUAAUAACUGACAAUAAUGUUUUUGAAUAUAGAUUACCAUUUUUAGAUAGAUUAUCUGUUGUGUCAUCCUAAACUUGUACAAGGUUCGUUUAGGCAACAAAACAAAUUUCUAUUUAUGGUUGUAAAUCAGGUGAUCUGCGUAUAAUUUGA